AAAUGCGAGCAAGAACGAACAUAACCCUAAAAUUGAAACUUAACCUUUUUUCCUUACUUUUUUGCAACUUCUUCGGACUUUCGGAGUUUUGUAUUGUAUAUCCAUUCAGGUAAAAUGGCAAAAGAAGUUAAAGGUGUUAAAUGGAAGGCAUUAGAAUUUGAAGGUUCAAUUUUGGACAAAGACUUAGAUGGUUUAAUAGGAAUUGAAGAAUGUAUCAAUUACAACUUGAGUAGCAUAUCAAAGAAGCAGGUACGUAAAAGGAAGGUAGAUUCUAAGCCAUCGGAAGCUACACGAAAAAAAACCAAAACGACAAAACAGUUACAGAAGAAACGUUCCACUGACAGUUUUGUAUUAUCAAAAAAUGGAUCAACAAGCGAUGUUACUGUGUUUAAUAGUGAUUCUGGUCAAUCCACAGCAACCGAUAAUUUGAUGCUAGCGUGGAAUAGUUUUGGCUUACCCAAUUCUAUUUUGCAAGCUAUCUCUGAACUCGGAUUUUAUAAACCUACAACAAUCCAAGAAUUAACCUUACCAUCAGCAAUUUUGGGGCGUAGAGAUAUCUUGGGGGCUGCUGAAACUGGCAGUGGAAAAACGUUGGCGUUUGGACUACCAAUUUUAACUGGCAUUUUAAAAACGAAGCAGUUACACUGUGAUCAAGUCGACUCUAAGCCCUUGUACUCAUUAAUUUUAACACCAACAAGAGAAUUGGCCGUUCAAAUUAAAAAUCAUUUAACAGCAGCUGCUAAGUACACAGGAAUUCAGGUUGCCGUAAUAUUAGGCGGAAUGGCUGCAGUAAAACAAGAACGUAUCUUAAGUAAGCACCCUGAAAUUGUAGUGGCAACACCCGGUCGAUUAUGGGAGUUGAUUCAGGAGGGAAAUUCGCAUCUCUCAAACAUAGAGAAUAUUAGGUUUCUAGCGAUUGACGAAACCGACAGAAUGUUAGAGAAAGGUCAUUUUAAAGAGUUGCACGAUUUAUUGGAGAGAUUAAACUUGGACGCAUCGAAGUGUAAAGAAAGGCAAAACUUUGUCUUUUCUGCCACACUUACACUUACCCACGAAUUACCAAAACACUUGGCUAUAAAGAAAAAGAUGAAGUCCAUGAAAGGGAAGAAAAUCUUGGAAAUGACACCUAAACAAAAAUUGCAAAAGGUUAUUGAUGUGUUGGGCAUUACAAAUCCGAAAGUUGUGGAUAUUACGCAAAAGACUGGAACAGCCGAAUCGCUGUCAGAAUCAAGAAUCACAUGCUCAAUAGACGAAAAAGACUACUACCUGUACUAUUUCUUGCAACGACAUCCAGGUCGCACAUUGAUAUUUUGUAAUUCGAUAGGUUGUGUAAAGCGAUUAACAACCCUCUUAGGUUUGCUAGACUGUCAUGCCUUGGCACUCCACGCAUCUAUGCAACAACGACAAAGAUUAAAGAACCUGGAACGUUUCCGAGAUAACGAAAAUGCCAUUUUAAUUGCAACAGACGUGGCUUCCAGAGGAUUGGACAUUCCGUGUGUCGAACACGUCCUGCAUUACCAAACUCCACGAACAAGUGAAAGUUACAUUCACCGUUCAGGUCGUACUGCUCGAGCUUCUCGGGAAGGUCUUACAGUUUUACUGGUGGAACCAAGUGAGCUCAAGAACUACUUAAAAUUAUGUCGAAAUUUGGGGCGAUCCGAAGAUCUUCCAUCAUUUCCUGUGCAAGCCGAUUUCUUCAAUGCGGUCAAGCAGAGAGUAAAUUUAGCUCGUGAGUUGGACAAGGUAGAAUUGUCAGUGCGAAAAACCCAAUCCGAAAGUGGUUGGCUUCAGAAAGCGGCAGAAGAGAUGGAUAUUAUAAUUGAUGAUAACAUCUCAAUGAAAUUUGAUUCGCACGAUACCCAAAAACAUAAAAAACUUGCUCAAUUAAAACGCAAACAGUUGUCUCAGUUGUUGGCAAAGCCGAUCUUCCCAAAAGGUUUUAGUGGUAAAUUUCCAAUUACUACAGAUAUACAAGGUAAUGCCGUUAACAUUAUGUCACAUACUACUGAGAAUGCUAUUGACGUUCUGAAAAAUUCAACAAAUAAUACAACUAGGACCGUCCGGAAAAAGGCAAAGUGGUUGUUUCGCUCUAAAGUAAAGAAAUAAAAUUUUAUCAUUCAUUGUCCUAUCUAUACGUUUGUUGCUUUAAAUAAAAACAAAAAAAAAUAUUGG